AUGAAAGGCGUUGCCAUCUUAUUAUUGAUUUUAUGCUUUCUUUUCUCCCUUCUCUCAACCAACCUUGCCAAAGAGUUAGAGUGGUGCCCAUCAAAGGAUGUGUUCAAUGGGUCGUGCACAGACAGAGGAAGACCAAGUUACACAUGUUUUUUAGAUUUUUUGGGAUCAAAGAGUGCAAGUGCUAUGCCUAAGAAUUGCAAAUGCACUCCUCUUCCUCAAAACCGCCGUCGAUGCGACUGUUUUGUUGUUUGCAACAAUUAA